AUGGCCCCGCUUCUGUUGACACUGGCUGCUGCCGCCCUGGCCUGGCCCUGCCCGGCCGCCCCGUCGGAGAGCCGCUUCUCCGAGGCGCGGGUGGCGCGCUGGGCGGCGGCGGCGCUCCGGCACGUGGCGGCGACUCAGUGCCCUGAGCGCGGCGGGCUCUUGUCGCGGCCGCAGUGCCAGCGCUUGGCGCGGCUCUCACAAGGGCCGGGCCCUGCCGUCUACAUCUCCGAGCCUGCCCAGCCGGGCCACAAAGUGCGUGCGCUCCUGCCCGACGGCUGGGGAGACAAGCCUAGCGCGCUCUUCGUCCCCAGCCGGAACCAGAGCGGCGGCCCACAGCGGGCGGCCCUCGCACCUGCUGGGCAAGACGCCAUCCUCGUUCUGGACCCCAGCCCCGGCACCAACUUCGGCCACCCGCUCCUGCUCUUCUAUGUCGACUUCAACGUCAGCCCGCGUCGGUGCCGCAGUCGAGACCGCCUCUACCUGGGGAGCUAUGAAUGCUUGACUCCUAUACAGAGAAAUCACUGUGAGAACCAGCUAAAGCGCAGACCAGGACGUGGCAAGGGGCGGAGCCAGCGGUCAGCAGGACACAUUCGCCAUGAAGAACCACCAGGAGGGUUCUGUGAGAUCCAUUUUCUGCCCCUGGUGGUGGUGGCCCAGGACCUGAAACGCCUGCAGAAACUGCACUGUAUAGAUCUCCACGGGUACAGCCCGUGCCCACAGCCUCUACCUCUUGUUAGUUCUAGUUCCACGGCUGCCUACUGUGAGCUCAACGAGAAUACACGGCGGUGCCAUCGCCAGCAGGCUUCGAUGUACAAGUUGUGCCGCAUGUAUCAGACAUGCGAUCAUGCAGUACUGAUAGCAGGUGGUUGGCAAGAGCAGGUCACCUAUCCCCACCAUGCCCAGAACCUCUUGCUUUUCUACCAGAUGCUUCGACGAAAUGGUUUCCGCCAAGAGCAUAUCACAGCUUUCUUUGCCAAUGAGGGACAGGCUUCAGUGGAGAUGGGAAAUGUGCAACCAGCCACAGAGAAGUUGGCAAUCCGGUCCCACUUGGCACUUAUCUGCCGUAGCCUGCACUGUGCUGACACUCUCGUCCUCUACCUCAAUAGUCCAGCUUCCAGUGAUGGCACCAUGCUCUUGUGGGAUGCUAACCAUAAUGGCAUUCUGCCAGCCCUUCUCAACUGAAAUUUCACAUGAGCAGCCAAAAUACUUUUCUCAAAACGGGGCCU